CAAUUUGCCGCGGCGCGGAUCUCAAUUCUCAAGAAAAGCCUGUUAAAAAGUUCCAACUUUUUGUACCAAUCUUGUUUAAAAAUAAUAACCAUUUAACGUAAAAGGAAUCAUUUUUAACACUAGCAUCAUAGUACAUUCUUAGUAAAACUUUAAAAUGCAGGCAUUUUUAAAAACUGGAAAAAUUUCGGCGUCAGAAAAGGCUGGAUCAUCAGGCGUAAAGACAAACAAGAAAAAGCCCCCAGCACCUUGGGUUGAAAAAUAUAGACCAAAAACAAUUGAUGACAUAGUUGACCAGGGUGAAGUUGUGCAAGUUUUAAGAGAAAGCUUAUCAGGUAGUGAUUUGCCCCAUCUUUUGUUCUAUGGGCCACCUGGCACAGGAAAGACAAGUGCAAUUCUGGCUGCUGCUCGUCAACUUUUUGGUGAUAUAACUCGUGAUCGGGUUUUAGAGUUGAAUGCCUCAGAUGAGAGAGGAAUCCAAGUUAUUAGAGACAAAGUGAAAUCAUUCGCUCAAUUAACUGUAAGCAGUACAAAGGCUGAUGGUAAGCCAUGUCCAUCAUACAAACUUGUUAUCCUGGAUGAAGCUGAUUCCAUGACAAACGCAGCUCAAGCAGCAUUACGUAGAACUAUGGAAAGGGAAACUAGGACUACAAGAUUUUGUCUCAUCUGCAACUAUGUAUCAAGAAUAAUCCCACCAAUUACCAGUAGAUGUUCAAAAUUCAGAUUUAAACCACUAGCCAGAGAGAAUGUUAUUAAGAGAUUGCGAGAGGUUUGUGAGUCGGAAGGCGUGGAUGUGGGAGAUGGAGAGGUUUUGGAGCAAGCAGUUCAUACCUGUGAUGGUGACCUUCGUAGAGCACUCACAGCAUUACAGUGUUGCCAGCGAUUACUUGGAAAGAUUACUGCUGAAGGAUUGAUUGAGGUGACAGGACUUGUUCCAGACCAUUUGGUAAAGGAAUACCUCAGCGUUAUGAACUACAAUGAAUUGGAGCUCUUUGUUGAAAAAUUUUUAAUGGACGCCUAUUCGGCAUCGCAAUUACUAGAGCAACUCAGUGCCACUGUAGUUAGUUCCGGGCACUUAACUAACAAGCAAAAGUGUGAGAUUAGCGAGAAGCUCGCUGUUUGCUCGCAUCGACUACUAGAGGGCGGCGCUGAAGUCAUGCAACUCACCGAUCUUGGCUGUACCAUUAUUAUGGCAAACAAUAAUCCUUAAAAUUGUUCAAUAAAUAUUUUACACUUUG